AUGUUCGUUUCGAAAAGCGUACACAGCAACCAUGCUGACCUUAUCCAUGAUGUCGCGUAUGACUAUUACGGUCAAAGGAUGGCGACUUGCAGCAGUGAUCAAAUGAUUAAAAUCUGGGACCUUCGCGAUGACCAAGAAUGGGAGUGUACCGCUAGGUGGAGAUACCAUUUGGGUUCGGUGUGGCGUGUGUGUUGGGCGCAUCCCGAAUUCGGGCAGAUCAUCGCUACUUGCUCAUUCGACAGAACCAUUGCCAUUUGGGAGGAAAUCACUGGACAGGAGGUCGUAAAUACGGCGAGUGCGGAUGGAGAUGCGUCGGCAUCGACGCCAGCGGCAGGUGCAAAUGCUGCAGAUAGUGGCGACAAUCAACAGGCCACUGCAACGAAUCCCACCAGCACCUCUAACACCCGCGGGGGCGUGUGGAUCCGUCGGGCGCACCUGGUGGAUCCGCGCAACUCCGUCACCGGCUUGAUGUUUGCACCGCGCUUUCUCGGUCUUCAACUGGCUGCCAUUUCAACUGAUGGUGUGCUUCUGGUCUACGAAGCCCAAGAUGUUAUGAAUUUAUGUCAGUGGACCGUUCAAUGUGACUUCGCCACCAACACGACCGGCUCCUGUUUGGCCUGGUCUCAGUCACGAUUAGAUCCACCACUUAUUGCGGUGGGGAGUGCCUCGCUCCAUGAAAAUCAGCACCAGGGUGAUUUGGGAGAGUUGGGCACUUGUCACUUGGCUGUUCGGGGGUCGGAUGUCAACCCCAGACAUGGAAAAUUGAUCCUUCUCGAAUACAACGAGAGUUCUCGUCGCUGGAACCUGGUUCAGGAUAUAGUCGAUAUCAAGGACUCCGUCUACGAUGUUGCCUUUGCACCCAGCAUGGGACAGUCCUAUCAAGUUCUUGCUGUCGGCUCUGAAAUCCUCUUCAUCCUCCUCAUCAAGUUUGUCGCCGCUCCACAAGUUGCGGCAAUAUUUUUAGCGGAGAAUGGUGUCAACACACCAGGUGCUUACAAUGUCUCCGUGAUGGCCCGUUUCGAGAAUCAUGGUGGUCGUGUUUCGCGAGUCGCCUGGAAUUAUCAAGGAAACAUAUUGGCCUCCGCUGGAGACGACGGAACAGUGCGUCUCUGGUGUUCUAACUACCUGAAAGCUUGGUUCCCUCUUGCCGUCAUUUGUCCUGGUGAGAUCAGUCUGCCCACACCACCAUCGCACCUCAGCGCCACCUCGGCUAUGGCUGCAAUGGAUCGACAGUCCCAUAGCUUCUCGAGUGGCGCUACCGCUGCCGCAGCUGCUACCACCGUUGGCGCUAUUACUGCUCCUCACGUCUCCUCCUCCUCUUCGCUCUAUCCCCGCGACUCCGUCUCCACCAACAUCACUGAGCCUCCGUCCGGUGGCUUGCUUGCUGCUGCCACGUCAGACAUCUCUGUAGCGUCUAUCGCUUCUACUGGUAAGCCAACUUGGUGGAUAGAUUGUCCACUUUGUGGCUAG